CCCCUGGCCAUCCCAAGGGAGGCUCCGACUGCGCUGCCACAGCAGGUGAACAAGCUGCCGCGGCCUUUUCUUCCAACCGGGGACGGGCUGAGCCAUGACGCUUUCCAGAAAGCCGCCCGCCUAAGCGGGAAGGAAAACAAGCCACAACCUGUUUUUGUCCUUCAGUAAAGCGCACAGUGCUAGUCCCUUGGUCUUUCCUCCUCCCUUAGGCGUCGCGCUGCCUGCGCCGCAAAUGCUCUGUGGGGCGGCAGAGCCUCAAAAGAAGGCGGGAGAGGCGAGGGAGAUCAGAGAGUGAGAUCAUUAUUAUCUCCCAAAGCAAUUCACAUCAAUUAAAAAAGAAACAGGCACUGCUAUCAGGCUUACAAAGCAACACAAGAGACGUGGAGGGCAAAAGGAGAGGAGGAAUUGUAAAUAUUUAUUCGGAUCCAGCAAGAGAAGUGCCUGCAUAGGUCAGCAACAACCAGGUGACAUAACAGCUACGUCUGGCAACAGUGUUAAUGCAUGCUGCCCUGGGCUCCUACUGGAAGGAAGGGAUUCACAAAGGACAAUCAGAUUGAUGGAAUUUGACAAUUAGAAUGGAUCCAACAUCAAAUGCAAUUACAGAAGACCCUGAUCUAGUGAAGGGACCUGAAUUAGAGACUGAUGAUUGGAUGAUUUCUCCAGGAAUGACUAAAAGUGCUGAAGAUGAUGCUACUGCAAGGAAUAGCAUUCAUGCUGAAAAAGAAUCAAUAAUGAGGGAUUUAUUUGUGCAGACAACAGAUUGGAAUUCACAGACUUUACCUAGCCAGGAGGAAGAAUCCUUGAAGCGUUCACGGUAUAGGAUAGGAGGUUCUGCUGACAGCAUAUUAUCUUUAACUUCUUCCCAAUCCCUCCUACCUCUUGAAUGGAAAAUCUUGAGAUCUAGUCAAUCACAGGGCACACUGGCGCAUUUUUCCGAUGUCACUCUAGAAAGCACAGGUGGAGGACAUAAAUCAACAUCAGACAAUAACCAAGAUGUUGUAGAUGAUAUUAUUGGAGAUGAAGUUGCUUUCAAAAUAGGUACUCAUAUGCUUAACCAUAAUUUAGGUGUUGCUUGCACUGCAGAUUCCAAGACAGCUUUUCCCAUAGUACACACUAGAUCACCCAGCCCUAAAGAUGCAAACUGUCCAAAGCUGUCUUCCAGUGGUUCACAGUGCAUACCUGUACUGUGCCCAAGAACAGAGAAGUUUUCAGUGCUUGGAAUGCAAAUUAAUCAAGCACAUAACUCAGCAGUUCAACAAGAUUCAAGUUUGAUUGACCACCUUUGGACAGCUGCUGCAGCAUCAGCAAAGAGCUUAUGUAAUACCUCAGUGUCAAAUGGUUGGGAAAGCAAUUCUUAUAAGCAUCAGUGUACAAAGACAGGGGCAUCUCUUGUACUGCCAGAGUUUCUGCUAAAAUUUCCAGUUGAGAACAAACAGGAAUUUCAUCAGUCCAUGAAGAAAGUGCACACUGAAGGCCAACUGCUCAUGAAGGAACAGUGUCUACAUCCUGCAGAUGGCAGACUUUAUAGGAAGGAGAAAGAUGUUCUUAAUGAAGAGCCGUCAGCUUGCAGCCUGCCAAAUGUUGAAUGCUGUUCUCCCAUAAUUCUUCAGCAACAGAUUGUAAACCUUAAAAGCCACAUCAGUGAUCUUCAGGAAGCCAAUGAGACUGCUGUCUUAGAGCUAGCAAAAGCAGACAAGGAGAUUUCACAACUGAAGAAUGAAAUGGCUCAAUUAAAAUCUGAAUAUCUGCAGAAGUUAGCAGACUCCAAAGAAGAAAAUCUUAUUUUGAAGAAAAAGGUUAACAGGAUGCACAGCAGACAUGAUCCAGUAGACAUUUAUGAGCAGACCCUGCAUGAAGAGAUUUGUGAGCUAAGAAGUGAAUCCAGGAGGCUGAGAGAAAUCAGUCACCAGUUGAAUGAGGAAAACCAUAGAUUGAAAGAAGAACUAUGGGAUGUAAAAAGGCAAUAUGAAUGGCUAAUGCAUACAGUUACUGGCAAACAGGAUGAAAAGAUAGAACAACGUUCUAGGAACAAUACUUCCUCAUCUUCCAUAAAUAGCGAAUCUACAGAAAUUCUGAUUACUGGAUACUGUGACACAGGUCAAGCAAAAGAAAACAGAGACUUAAAAGAUGAUGUAUCUGAAACAACCACAAAGGUGAGCACCAACAACUUUCCCUGCAUUACUCAACACAAUCAAACAAGUUAUGAGAACUAUGAUAAAAACAUCUCAAGUUUAAUUUCAAGAAGUCUCUCUGUAGUGGACACUCGUGAUAAAUAUUCUCCAAACAGGAUUCAUAUGGAUAAGGCAGCACUAUCAAGAUGGCCAUUUGCACCUAAAAGUGUUGCAGACCUGAAAGUUGGAAACCUAGUGAAAUUUUCAUGCCCAACAGGAAAAAUCAGCAAAGGAACUGUUAAGUAUUUGGGGCCACUUUUUGGAAGAGAAGAGGACUACCUUGGAAUAGAGCUGGAAGACAAUCAAGUAGGGAGGCAUGAUGGAACUUUUCAAGGAACACGCUACUUUCUUUGUGCACCUAACAAAGGAGUUUUUGUUAACUUCAGCAAAAUCAUUAUUGCCUGGGAAUAAUGACUCCACUACAUCCUGAACAAUGAACACAUGGAUUUUUAAAGCUUUCAGAUAUAUUGUUGCUUCUGUUGCAAAAAAAGAAACAAAGUGUUUAGAACUCUGUUCAACAAUCAGUGUAUUUUAUCAGAUUGUACUUCAGCAUUUCUAGUAUCCUAUUUUUUGUAAAAUAAAUCUAAUUGCACCAUUAAUGUAAAUGCAAGCAGAGAACACCUGGAAUCAAGUCAUAAUAGGUAUAAUGCACCUCCACAAUUAAACAAAUUCAAAA